AGUUGUCAAAACCUACCAAGUGUCAAAACAACUUUUAAGGUUAAACAAUAAAAAUUUUAUUAAUUAGGGCUUAUUAUGAGUAAUUCAACUCCUUCGGGUAGCACUCCAAAUACAGAAGACGAUGAGCUCACCUUGCCUCGGGCAAGUAUAAAUAAAAUGAUAAAAGAGUUGGUCCCUCACGUUCGAAUUGCAAACGAAGCUAGAGAGCUUGUUUUGAAUUGUUGUACGGAAUUUAUACAUUUACUAAGUUCGGAAGCAAAUGAUAUAUGUAAUCAAUUACAUAAGAAAACUAUCAGUGCACAACACAUCUUCUCAGCUUUAGAAAGAUUAGGAUUUAGUGAUUAUCGUGUUGAAGCUGAAGCUGUAUUAAGAGACUGCAGAGCCGUAGCAGCUAAAAGAAGAAGACAAAGCACAAGGCUUGAAAAUUUAGGAAUUCCUGAGGAAGAAUUAUUAAGGCAACAACAAGAAUUGUUUGCAAAAGCCAGGCAAGAACAAGCUUACGCUGACCAACAAGAGUGGGAAAAACUUCAAGCUUCAGCUCAACAAGCUCAAGCCUUACCAACAACCGAUGAUCAAGAUGAUUACUCUUAAGUUUUUAUUUUGUAUAACUACAUUAUUUUAUAUCCUGUAAAAAUGUGUUAAUUAAUUAAUUCUAUUAUUAAA